AUGGCUCCUGAUCCCCCGAAACACCCGCAAGUCUUUAGAACUGUUGCUGAGAGAAUCAAGGUAAUUCAGCUCAUUGAAAAAUACGUUCAGAGUGAGCCAAAGAUGGACCUCUAUGCGCUGGUGCCGGAGGCAACGAGGAGAAUUCCUCCGAAGUGGACAAGGAUGCUCGAUGGGAAAUCAAAUUACUAUUCCUAUGGUAACCGGUGCAACGUGCUAGAAAUCAACCCCAACACACCCCUCCAGGAUUCCAAACUGUCAAAAUACGUCGGGGACGUCGCUCCAAGAUGGGUCGAGGCGAAAUACCUCUGGAAGUUCUUCGAGCUUGCCACCUUCUACCACGGAGGAAUAGACGAGGAGUACAUCUGGAAGGCGCUACCUGGUAUCCUCCAGGGGCAACGAGAGAAUGAUGAGGCGCAAAAGAUAGUCCGACAUCUAGCGCGUCUUGAUAAUCAUAUGUACACCCGAAUGAUCCGCGACUCGAUCAAGCCAAUUACCUUACAUUUUCUUCGGAACGGACUCUGGGCCACCUUCGAUAACGAGGGCCGACUUCCACCAUUCUUCGAGCAGGAAGACAGACUCCGCUACUUCCGUUAUUGUCUAUACCAAGAGCCGUGGAUGGUAGCCUGGUGGCUGAUGAAAUGCGUUCCGAACAUGCUGAGACUCUCUUUCCUGUACCAAGCCGAAGAGAUCACCACCAACCCCUUCCUGAAGAACUUGCAAUCUUGUCUCCUCAAGGUCUUCGAGGAUCGCUUCCUCUUGCUAGUCGAUGCGACCUACCUGUACCAAAUCGACCAGGAAAUAACGAAGGAAAAGCCGAAAUGGGACGAGGGCAAGAAAGAGAUUCAACAGAUCAUGAAGAGCUUGUCCACCCACCCUACAUUGUCUAAGAUCACCCCGGAUUUACUCGACCUGCCCAUCCAUUCCGACUUGCACUUGCAUGGCAGCACGUCUUGGCGCUGA